AUGGUGAAGAGAUCGAGUAAGGGCGAUGAGCCGAUGCUGGGGACAAAACCCCCGCGAAACGACCCGGGAAAAGGCAGAAUUCUGGAAGGAGAUGAAUAUCUGAAAAUCCAAGGCUAUCGAUACCUCAAAAGCAAGAGGGCCCUCAAAUGGGUGGCGAGGAUCAUCACGCUCGGAUUCAUCCGACUUCUAGAAAAUUGGUUCCCAACAUUUCGAGCCAAGACUGAUGGAAGCAUGGACUCGCUAGAUACUGCCAAUUUCGUCCUGAUUAGGACCGGCGCCAGCAAUUACAAAUACCGGGAAAUAUUUCACGAGGGCCCCUUUGUCUUCAAAUCGGUUACGGGUAGAAAACUGAUAAAUGACGUGUAUCGCCGUUUCUCCUAUAGAAAACAGAACUAUUUCUGGGUAGAAGAACGCCAGGCUUUUGAAACGGCCGGCCAAAUAUUCGAAGCGACAACUAUUGAUGAAUAUCUUCAAUGGGGCGAAGGGAAUGGAAUAGACGAGAAAAUGGAAGCAGAAAAGAGAAAAACCAACGGGAUGAACGAGAUCCAAAUCUCUAGAAAGCCGACCUACGAGAUCCUUGGAAUGGAAGCAAUAACACCUUUUACAUGCUUCCAAGUUUUCAGUGUGGCCGUUUGGCUCUUCGAUGAAUACGUGUAUUUUGCCUGUAUCAUUGUCGGCGUCACGCUCUACGGGAUCUUUACAGCCUAUCGCCAGAUUCGAAAAAUGGAAUGUAAACUACGAAGCAUGGCUGCACAGCAUGGAGAAGGGGUUGUAGAAGUAUGGAGAGAAGGGAAAGAGACGCAGAUCCGAAGGAAUCAGUUGGUUCCUGGUGAUAUUGUAUUGCUCCCGAAUCACCCAGUCACUUUGCCCUGCGAUCUUCUGCUUCUGAACGGUAGCGUGAUUCUGAACGAAGCUAUGCUUACCGGCGAGAGUGUACCGGUUACAAAGACCGCCCUCACUGAUAUCGAGGACAAAGGCGAGCGACUGGUUGCCGGCCGACACGACAAGUACAUCCUGUUCGGCGGUACCGCGAUGCUCCAAGCCCGUUAUUAUCCCGGAAAGCGAGUCAAGGCUAUCGUCCUCCGCACCGGAUUCGCCACCUCCAAGGGCCAACUGGUGCGAAGCAUCAUGUACCCGAAAGCCCCGGACUUCGCCUUCACCAAAGAUCUGUUUCUGUUCGUUGUCUUCCUCCUCGGCGUCGCCGUCCUCGGCAUGAUCUACACGAUCAUCAUGAUGGCUAUGAGACAUGAGAGCGUCAAACGCUGCAUCAUUCGCGCUCUGGACAUCGUGACAAUCGUCGUUCCUCCUGCGUUACCGGCUGCAAUGACCAACUGCUAUGUCCGGUCGCAGAAAAACCUAAAAGAGAGCGAAAUCUACUGUGUACAGCCCAGCAAGAUUCCGAUUUGCGGCGCAGUCAAUGUGGCGUGCUUCGACAAAACCGGUACUCUGACAGAAGAGGGACUUGACUUCCUUUUGGUCCGGCCUGUCGACUACAAGCCGGAAGCGGAGAAAGGUGAAGCAAACUUCUGCCCGGAAAACACAACCGUCAACGCGACCGACCUUCCGCUCAACGGUGAAUUGGCCGCGGCCAUCGCUACUUGCCACACAUUGACCAGGAUUGAAGGCCAGCUUCUUGGCGAUCCGAUCGACCUUCUCCUAUUCCAAUCGACAAGCUGGGAAUUUUACGAACCAACCUCCCCAAUUCUAUCCGAAAAGCACGUUGAGGAGGAAAAUCUUUACGAUGUCGUUCAGCCAAGUGUGAUGAGGCCACCAACCGGUGCUACCGGAGAUUUGGCCAUCAUCUCGCAGUUUCCGUUUUCUUCGGAGCUUCAACGUCAAUCUGUUCUUGUCCAUUCACCCUGUUCGGAAAAUGGUAAAAAGAAAGUGCUCUACGCGAAGGGAUCCCCGGAAAUGAUCAUGAGCCUGAGUAAACCUCAUACGGUACCCGCAGACUAUCUGAAGGUCGUCAAUCAGUACUCACACGCCGGAUAUCGCUUAAUCGCCGUGGCUCGGCGAGAAGUGAAUGUUUCAUUUGCGAAGGCAAAUCGGCUAAAGCGCGAAGAUGUCGAAAAUAAUUUGGAGUUACUUGGACUAGUGGUAAUGGAGAAUCGGGUCAAGGAGGUUACACCAAAAGUUAUCCAGGAGUUGAACGAUUCCAACAUUCGAACCGUGAUGGUUACGGGAGAUAACGUUUUGACGGCGCUCAGUGUAGGCCGUGAAUGCGGAAUCAUCCAACCAGAUCGUCAUGCCUACCUCCUUGAACAUCAUAAUAAAGAAAACGAUGAGAAAGGCAAAACAGUCCUCACCUACAAACAUGUGAUUGCUUGUACUGAUGAGGACUUGGCGGAACGGAUUGUUGUUGGCGAAGGUGGAUUGAUGGAAAUUAUCCACAAUGGCGGUCAUCUCUCCAUGACUGGCAGCACCUUUGCGGUACUCCAAAAAGAGCACGCGCAGUUGCUCCCGGAAGUGGCAAAGUGUUGCGAUGUAUUUGCUAGGAUGGCUCCCGAACAGAAAGCAGCUCUGGUCACGGUAUUCCAAGAGGCCGGGGCGAAGGUCUUAUUUACGGGCGAUGGAGCCAAUGAUUGUGCGGCGCUAAAGGCGGCUCACUGCGGUAUUUCUCUAUCAGAUGCCGAAGCGUCCAUUGCAGCUCCGUUUACAUCCAAGGUGCCGGAUAUACGAUGUGUAAUCAAAGUAAUCUGUGAAGGGCGUGCCUGUUUGGUCAGCUCUUUCUCAAUGGUCAAGUUCAUGGCUGGCUAUUCAUUGACGCAAUUCCUGACCAUCUUCAUCUUGUACCACUACGGCACAAACCUCACUGAUUUUAUGUUUCUAUACAUCGACUUUGUGCUGAUCACAGGAAGCGCUUUCCUUUUUGGGAAUGCUCCAGCAGCCGUACGACUACACCAUCAACCACCGCCUACGCGGCUCUUGACUGCCGUUAACUGCAUUGCCGUUAUUGGACAAUUGGGUAUUAUGGCGAUGGGGCAGCUACUCACCAACUUCCUCGUAAUCGCCCAACCAUGGUACAUCCCUUACAUUGUGCCAGGAGACGAGGCGGAGGAUAGCAAGGCAUCGAUGGUGGGUACAGCCGUCUUCCUCACCUCCAUCAUCCAAUACAACGCCCUAGCUGUAAGCUAUUCGGCCGGGGCACCUCACCGUCAACCCCUAAUCCGGAACCCAUGGCUCUGUGUGUGCCUUGUCGUCACAUCUCUGAUAUCCUGCGGGUUAGCCUUUAUCAACGACGAUUGGCUGGUAAACCUGAUGGAAUUUAUCCACAUGCCCAGCAUCGAAUUCCGUAUGCUGUGCAUCAUCAUCGGAUGCUGCUGUGGCGCCUUCUCACUCAUCUUCCAGAAACUGAUCAUCGAUAACUGGGAGAAGGCCACAAUUGGAGAUUCCGGAACCGCCGUCUCGACCCCUCGUGAUGUUGAGACCGGAAAACGGUCCGUCGAAUACAAAUUUGUC